UGAGCCCCGGGAGCCGCCAUGGACGGCCCCGCCCUGCCCAUCCGCCGCUCCCGCCGCGAGCUGGUGGAGGCCGUGAGGGAACGGCCCUUCCUCAUCGUCACCGGCGAGACGGGCAGCGGUAAAAGCACGCAGCUGCCCAGGUACCUCUACGAGGCAGGGCUGGCCGGGCACGGAGCCAUCGGUGUGACCCAGCCCCGGCGCGUGGCCACCGUGUCGGUGGCACAGAGGGUGGCCGAGGAGAUGGGCUGUGCCCUGGGCACCCUCGUGGGGUACCAGGUGCGAUUCGACGACUGCACCUGCGAGGACACUGCCAUCAGGUACAUGACUGAUGGGUGCCUGCUGAGGCACAUCCUGGCUGACCCCCUGCUCAGCAAGUACAGCAUCAUCAUUUUGGAUGAAGCCCACGAGAGGAGCCUCAGCACUGAUAUUUUAUUUGGGUUGCUGAAGAAGCUGUUCCUGCAGGAGAAGCCAGCAGGCAGGAGGACAGACCUGAAGGUGGUGGUGAUGUCAGCCACCCUGGAGGUGGAGAAGCUCUCAGAGUUCUUUGGGCACUGCUCAGUGCUGCACAUUCCAGGCAGGAGUUACCCUGUCAAGGAGAUAUUCUGCAACCUGCUGGGCCCCAGGGAUGUGGGCAGCUCUGCCUAUGUCACAGAGGCUGUGAAGGUCGCCCUGGAUGUUCACUUAAAUGAACCAGAAGGUGACAUCCUGGUUUUUCUCACAGGGCAGAAUGAGAUAGAGAGAGCUUGUGAUGUGCUUUUCAAGAGAGCAGAGUCCAUCGAUUACCGCUACGAGGUGCACGACCGCGCUGUGGAGGGGCUCCUCAUCCUGCCCCUCUACGGCUCCAUGUCCACAGAUCAACAGAAAAGGAUAUUUUUGCCAGCCCCCAGAGGCAUCAGAAAAUGUGUGGUCUCCACAAACAUUGCUGCAACAUCUCUGACCAUUGAAGGAGUCAGAUAUGUGGUGGACAGUGGCUUUGUGAAGCAGUUGAACCAUAAUCCCAGAGUGGGUUUGGACAUCCUGGAGGUGGUUCCCAUCUCAAAGAGUGAAGCCAAGCAGCGAGCCGGGCGCGCGGGCCGGACGUCGGCGGGGAAGAGUUUUGGGUUGUACAGCAGGGAGUUCUGGGAGCAGUGCAUGCCCCAGCACACCGUGCCAGAGAUCAGGAGGACCAGCCUGACAUCUGUGAUCCUCACCUUGAAGUGCCUCUCCGUGCACGAUGUCAUCAGGUUUCCCUAUUUGGACCCUCCUGAGGAAAGACACAUUUUGGAAGCUCUGAAGGAACUUUACCAGUGCAAUGCCAUUGACAGGAGAGGCCAUGUGACCAGACUGGGAGAAUUCCUGGUGCAGUUUCCCCUCCCUCCCAACCUGUCCUGUGCUGUGAUUAAAGCUGCUUCCCUGGGCUGUGAGGAUCUGCUGCUGCCCAUUGCAGCCAUGCUGUCUGUGGAAAACGUCUUCAUCCGCCCAGGUGAUCCUCAGAAGCAGAAGGAGGCUGAGCUUCAGCACCAGGAACUUGCCUCUCAAGUGGGAGGAUGCAAUGACUUUGCAACCCUCUUAAAUAUUUUUGAACAGUGCAAAGCAAGCAAGUCUCCUUCAGCCUGGUGCCAGAAAUACUGGAUCCAUUGGAGAGCUGUGAAAUCUGCUUUUAGUGUGGAAAGGCAGCUGCGGGAAAUAAUCACUAAACUGAAACAGCUGCCAGACUUCCCUAAGGAGACAUUUGAAGGCUCCAGAACUGAAAUCCUGAGAAGAUGCCUGUGUGCAGGAUACUUUGUUAAUGUUGCUAGGAGAUCUGCAGCCAGGACAUUCUGCACCAUGGAUGGGCAUGGCAGCAUUGUCUACAUCCACCCUUCAUCCACACUGUACAACCAGGAGACCCUGCUGGAGUGGAUCAUCUUCCACGACGUGGCCGUCACCUCCAAGAUCUACGUGCGCACCGUGUGCCCCGUGCGCUACGAGUGGCUCCGGGAGCUGCUGCCCAGGCUGCACCAGGUGGAUGCCUACGAGCUCAGCAGCGUGGCCAGGGAGGAGGUGACUGAGGAGGAAAUAACCAAGUGGAAGCAGAGGGAGGAGCUCAAAAGGCAGUUUGAAGGAGCCCCAGAGAGCUCUGCAGGGAAGAUGGAGAGGAGGAACGAUGAGCAAUCCAUCCAGGAUGCCCGAGCUCGGUAUCUGCAGAGGAAGCAGCAAAGAGCUCAGGCUCUGAGUGGCCCUGGGAAGGAAAUGGGGUAACUCUGCUUGGGGGGCAGAUUGUGCAGCUCUGGGCUCUUUGCAGAAUGCCCAAGGACUGACAGGAGUGCAGGGAAACUUGUGCCAAAGAGGACAAACUCAAUUCCCUGUGCUGCAUCCAGCAGGGAAAGCUUCCCAAGCUUGGUGUUGCUGCAGGGCAGUGGCAACAAUUUCACAGCCUCAGCUGUGGCUGAAGCCCUGAUACCAAGUGUCAUGCCAAUUCUCUGGCAUUUAUUUGACUGAAAGAGCUCUCAGUGCUGUUAUAAAUGAAAUUUUUCUUCAAGGUCAGUUGGGGUUUAUUUUUGUAAGGAGUGGAACUGUAAUUUUUUACCCAUUUUAUUCUGAUGGUGGUCACACAGAAUUCAUGCUCAGGAAAAUGUGCAGGAAGGGCUCUUGCAGUGGUGGGAGCAGCAGGAUUAGAUCCAAAGGGACAACUGCAGGAUUAAAUCCAAAGGGACAACUGCAGGAUUAACCAAAAGGGAAAAUUUCAGGAUAAAAUCCAAAGGGACAUUUCCCACCUGCAUUCCUUGCUGUGCUGUACCAGGUACACACAGGGAAUUAAAAGUGUUUUUCCUUGAGCAUCUGAAAGAGAAGGAGCUGUGGUGCUUUGUCAUCAUGAAGUUUGUUUCCUUCUCAAUAAAGAAAUUCUGUUUUAUCACCAUAAUAACCCUGAAACGCUCCAGGGCUGGAGUGAGCAGUUUGGGUAAGAAUUUCCAAAUAAUUGGAAGAACUUGCUGUGAUUUUUCCUGCCUCAGCUGUGUGCUCUGUGCCACCCUGGGCACUGCUUCAAGUGCUGGAUUGUGUUUUAUUACUGUAGCCUGAAUAAAGCAUUCACCAUCCCA